CAGGUUGGAACUGGCAGGCGAGGAAGAGCUAGCGACUGUUAACGCCGCUGUUGGAGCCCCGUUUGGUAUCGAUUUCGUAUACUUGCCAUUCAACCUCAAGAACAGAGCAGGAGUGAGCUAUGGCUUCGUUAACCUUACUACUCCUGAGGCGCUGUUGACUUUCUAUGAUCGCUUCGACCAACACGAAUGGAGAUCAGGAACUAGCAGAACUCACAAUGGGGGCGAGCGGAAGCCCUGCGAGAUGUCAGCCGCUCGUUUGCAGGGUCAACACGCGCUGAUUGAGGCAUUCGUGAAUCGUCUUCACGCCAAGUCGGAGCAUAUCCCGUUACAAGCACGGCCUCUGAUUUACGAUCCUCGAGUGGUUGUGUCCACUGUCUCCUCCCCUGCUACUACGGAGGCGCCGUUGUCUACUAUACCGCGAUCGUUCCACCACCGACAACAACAUCAACAACAGCGGCGUCCCUCGAGUGGAUACUCUGGUGGAGUACCGCCAAUGUCUUCACCAUCUGGAGCUUCAUCACCAUCGCGGUCAACAACGUCACAACAUCUUUCCCAGUCUUUGCUGCGGUAUGGUUCUGGCGGGCGAGCCAAAGGCGGUGGUGGUGGUGGUGGUGGUGGCUCUUCUCUUACUACUAUGCACUCACCACGCGAGCAUAAUUAGCCGAGUGGUGAACUUCCGAAGUCGAUGACGGCAACAACAAGACAGGUGUUGUUGUUGUUGUGAUAGAGAUUUUACUCUCAUUUACUCCUGUACAAUGUACCUGACUAAUGAUAAUUAGUUUUAACCAGUUUUUUUGAAUGUACCAUAAAUCGGUUAAAUCAGUCAACUGUCCAUAGGCAUUUACUGAGUCAUGAUAACAUUGGAAACACCCAGCAGUUGAGUCAUCAUCAUCAUCAUUUUUGCAACAUAUGCAUUGCUAUAUCUCCGGUGAUAGAACAACUAUCUUCAGCAUUCUCUGACUACCAUUGCUGUUGCUGCUUCUGCUCCUCAUCGAUGCGAACGAUUUAUGGUCAGAAAAAACGCCUUUUCUUUUUGUUUAUUUUUUCUGGCCUAUUUGCCGUGCUUAUUAUGAUGAUGAUGCUACAGCAGUAUCAAGUUGAAUGCGCGAUGAUUCAAUGUUCACUUUUUCUUAUACGACCGAAUAGUUAAUUCGUAUACAAUUCACGUUCAUUUGUAUUUGGGUAUCCUGUUGUUCAUCAUGGCUCAGAUGGCUGUCAUGGCGAUGAUAUAUAUACAAUGCUAACCCUACAGUUAUUGCGGCUUAUAUAGGAUCCGUUUUGACUGACGUUGGUGUAUAUUCUCAAUCGUUAUGCUUUAUUCACCUUAUGCCGUAGCGUCUAUCAAGUCAUUUUAUACUAUCUCUUGAGGUCUGUCUUGUGGCGUCUGACCCGUUAAAGAGAAAAGGGGAU